GUUUUCAAAUAUUAUAGAUUCUGAAACUCAAGUAAGUGCAACUCCAUUAAAAAUGAUAAAUUACAUUUAUUUAUAUUUACAAAAAAAUUCUUUGUAACACCUGAUAUUUAUUAAUAUAAACGUGAAUUACAAUAGUCACAACUCACAAUGAAGGACUUGAUUUAUUAAUUAUCACAGAAUGUACCAAAGUAUGAUAAUAAGUUAUUGUAAAUAUGUAAUAUGAAAUUUUCUUGGUAAUAUGUUAAAAAUACAUACACAGACACGUACUAAAGGAGGCAACGCGGAGAUGUCAUUAGAGGAAGAACUAGGAAACAGAGCGUUAUUGCAACUGCAACCAAAAACGUUAAUGCAAGAUCUCAGCUAAUCAGCACCGUUAAUUCUUACUUGGCCGCAACUUCCAACCACAUGACGCUCUUUCUAUUCCCUUUAUAUAUUCCGGCCAUCUCAAAAGUUCUUGGAGACACAAAAUAUCAUAAACAUAAACAUAAACGCCAAUCGCAGCUUUUGUACUCUAGGCGUUCUACAAUGGAGAAAGGUUUGAAGCGGUCUGGUGUUAUGGUGGUGGUUGCAUUCUUAGCCAUGGUUCAUGUCUCUCUUUCAGUUCCGUUCAUAAUGCUUCAUGGAAUCGCAUCUCAUUGUUCUGAUGCUACAAAUGCUAACUUCACACAGCUUCUCACUAACCUCUCUGGCUCUCCUGGCUUUUGCGUAGAAAUUGGAAAUGGAGUAGUAACUUCAUUGUUCUUGCCACUUACACAACAAGCAGAAAUAGCAUGUGAGAAUGUGAAGCAAAUGAAAGAGUUGAGUCAAGGAUACAACAUUGUUGGAAGAUCUCAGGGGAACCUAGUGGCUAGAGGCUUGAUCGAGUUCUGCGACGAUGGACCUCCGGUUUACAACUAUAUAUCCUUAGCUGGUCCUCAUGCUGGCAUUUCUUCUAUUCCUCCGGCUAUUUGUGGUUUGAAGUCCGAUCCAGCAUGUAAGAAAUUUGAUGAGUUGAUCAAGGGAGCUCUCUAUAGCGAGUUCAUUCAAGAUCAUCUUGCUCCUAGUGGUUAUUACAAAAUCCCUAAUGAUAUAAAUGAGUACUUGGAAAGCUCUAAGUAUCUACCUAAGCUUAACAAUGAGAUACCAGACCAAAGAAACCAAACUUACAAAGACCGUUUCACCAUUUUACAGAACCUAGUUCUUGUCAAGUUUCAGGACGAUGAGAUUAUUACUCCAAAUGAUUCAACUUGGUUUGGGUUUUAUCCGGAGGGUGAAUUCGAACCUCUUCUCUCUCCUAACCAGACAAAGCUCUAUACAGAGGAUUGGAUCGGUCUGAAAACAUUGGAUGAUGCUGGAAAAGUGAAGUUUGUGAGUGUAGCCGGUGGACACCUCAACAUGGCGGAUCAAGAUGUCGUCAAACAUGUUGUACCUUAUCUCCAGAACCAACCGUCUUCCGUACAAAGCUUCAACCGCAAGACCAAGGAGCCCUUGCAUCCCUAAAAAGGAGCAAAUACCUCAAUCGCUAUACUAAUUUAUGCAAUAUCGAAUAAGCUUAGUGAUGAUUUUGUAUAAAAACUUGAAAUAUAUA